AUGAACAACCCCGCUGGCGUGCCGAUGUACGCUUUCAGCAAUCCCCAGGUUGGAGGCUCGUAUCCCACUGCUAUGUCCCCUGGCCACCCUGGCCCCCUAUUCGACAACGCUCAGACGCCUUUUCAGUCAAGCAUCAACCCAAACCACCUGCAGAGAGUAUCCCAUUCCCAGCAAGGUCAACAGCUGGCAGCUCAAAAUCCCUAUCAACAACAUCCACACCCAGGACAGGUCAUCCCCCGACCAGAAAGCGCCGGUGUCCACUUUCCACCAAACCAAGGGCAUUAUCCCAAUGGACAAUCUCCUGUCUCGAUGAACCCAGCGCCAACUCAACCGUUCCCUUCCGUCCAGCACCAGCCGCAUGCAAGUGCUCCUCAGUCACAGCUUCCUUUGUCUGCGCCUACGGAACUGAAUAUGGCAUCAAGCGUUGGGCUACAAGGGCAACCCAGCGCGAGUCUGGCCCAACAGGCACAAAUACAGCAUGCGGCACAAGCGACGCGCUCGGUUUCUCAACAAAUCCCUCCAUCUGGGGCUGGAUCAGGUCCGCCCCUGUCGCCACAAUCAGCUGCUCGAGAGCGUGCGAGGGUGUCGGUCCUCCUGGAAAUCAAUACACAUUUGCUGCAAGAAGUGGUCUCACUGCAAGCCCAAGGAAAAGCAGGCAUCGCGCCAAAUGCGGGCCAGCAGUCGCCCACAUCCCCUACAUCCACUGAUCCAGGCAACGCAUUGGCUAGUAGCUCUGGCGAAGCACCGAAGGGCGCGACCUCUUCCAAGCCGCCCUCCCAGGAGUACGCCGACUGCAUGCGGCGUUUACAGGCCAAUCUCGCUUACUUGGCUGCGAUUGCGGAUGCAAAGAAGAAGGCGGGCGCGUUGCCAUCUGGCCCGGCGAUCAUGGUUCCACCUCCGCACUUACCACAGGUUCAUGACCUCUAUAAGAAGCUUAACGCCCUGUUUCCGGAAGCCGGGCAUUCUGCCGUCGGCAAGGCAGUUGCAUAUGCAGCGGCACAGAACCAGAGUCCGCACCCGGGCGCAAAGCAACAGCAGUCUGCUUCGGUACCGGCCCAGGGUUGA